GGGAAAGUCAGUUUUCAGAGCUCGAUCGUCGAAUCUAAAUGGUAAAUAGCCAAUUUGUUAUAUUCAAAAUUUUGGAGAAGGACGUUUCUAUGGUAUUUUUAGUGAACAGUGGAAUACUGCUGUCCCCUACAAGAACAUGUUAAUAAUCAAAGCGGAAUUCUUGGUUUUACUUAUAUACCUUCAUGUUCGUUUAUCAACAUGCGAUGUUCAUAUCUUUGUAAGCCCACAUGGAUCGGACCAGAAUGACGGACAUUCGGAUAAAGUACCAGUAAAUUCUGUGCAACAAGCUUUGUCACUUGCCGGACAAACAAAAUAUGAAAAUGCAACGGUUUACUUAGAGUUGAUGCCAGGGUACCAUGACCAAGAUAGAACUUUGGUAAUUACACGUAACAACACAGUCAUUCGUUCGUACCGACGACAACAAGUACAUUUGACAGGAGGUCUACGAAUUCCAAGUAGCAACAUUAAACCUGUCACAGACCAUGCCAUACUUUCGAGGUUACCUGUCAACGCAAGGUCUCAUGUACAAGUUGUAAAUCUGCACGAUCUAAACAUCACAAAUUUUGGCAUUAUGGACGAGUAUGGCAGCUAUAGACAUCGAAACUCACCGCUGGAAGUUUUCUAUAAUGGUCAACCUCUUCAACUGGCCAGAUGGCCGGAUGAUGGAUAUCUUGAUAUCGUGGCUGUACCUGAUGGGAAGGAAGGUCUGCGGUUUCGCUACAAUUCUACAGUUCCGCAAUCCUGGCACAAUGAAAAUGAUCCUUGGGCGUAUGGAUACUGGUACUACGCUUGGGAUGACCAUGCCCUGAAACUAAAGUCAAUAGAUCCAGCCACAAAGACAGUAACUCUAGUUAAAAAGUCACCACAUGGACUUAGGACAGGUCACCUACAAGAAUACUUGAACGGCGUUUCGAACAUAGAAGGAGGUUAUUUCCGAUUCAUUAAUAUUUUAUCAGCCCUCGACAAGCCGGGAGAGUAUUAUGUGGACAGAGACAGUGGUAAGCUGUAUAUGUGGGUUCCAAAUCAUGAUGGAAGUGUCAAAUCAUCGGAUAAAAUUUAUAUCUCCAUGAUAAAUGACUGUAUAAUGAUAAGGUCAAAGACAGAAAACGUUCGCCUAGAAGACUUCACUCUCGAAUAUUGCCGAAGAAGCGGUCUAUAUGCACCAAGUGUUAGGAAGGUAAAACUGACCCAACUGGAAAUUCGUAAUACAGGUGGAUCAGCAGCAAAUUUUGCUGGCGAUUCGAGAGAAUGUGAGGUUUCAAGAUGUUACAUACAUGAUACCUGUGGUGGUGUAUGGAUGUAUGGUGGUGAUAGAAAAACUUUACAGUCUUCAGGAAAUGUCAUCGCAAACAAUGAAAUAACACGCUAUGCCCGUGUUGGAGCUGUAGGGAACGAAGCGAUAACACUGAUUGGUGUUGGAGUUACUGUGUUGUUUUUUGCAUUCAUUCUGAUCUUAUUCCAAGAGGUGUCUGUAUAUAAUUUAUUGCAUUUCGAUGCAUCUCUGCUUGGUUUCGUUCGUUUGGAGGCAAGGUCGUGGGCGCUUACAUCUAGUAAUGACGAACACUGUGUAUAA